UACAGAGUACUUGCACCUAAAACCAUGCCUAACAUACACAUGAAUCAAGUUGCUUUCAGUUCAUCAAUACAGAAAACACCCACCACACCUUUUCAUAAUCAUAUGAAUACUACUAAUCGUACACCACAACAAACAUAUCGUUCUACUAAUCAAAGACGUGCUGUUCAUCGAAAUAGUGAUCUAAGUGAAUCUGAUUCGGAUUCAGAUUCAAUGCUUGCUAAUAAUCGACGCGUUGAUAAUUGGUCAAGUAGAGAAAAUGUACCACUUAGACGUAGUGCUCGUCGUGUACGUGCUGUACGUCAUGAUCCUGAUUUUGUGGUAGAUUUUGAUGAAGAUGACGAUGAUGAAGAUGUAAAAGCUGAUGAUUCUGAUAAUUUCGAUCCAAAUGAUGAAAUCCACGGCAGUUCAAAACGAUAUACCGGCAGUCAAAGACGUUCUCAAGUAUCGGUUCAUUUGAAUGCUGCUAGAUCAACAACAGCAAAUCGUAAUUUACCACAAUAUGAUGGUGUGGGGGAUACAACUGACGAAGAGGAUAUUGAUGCAUAUGAAGAUGAGGUGGAAGAGGAGGUGGAGGAGGAGGAGGAGGUGGUUGUUGACGACGACUUGGAGGAUGAAGAGAUGAUGGAGGAUUAUGUUGAUGAGUAUAUUGAUGAUGAUGACGAUGAUGAUGGUUGUGAUGUUGAUGACGAUGGCGGUGAAUAUUAUUAUGACAAUGAUGAAUUAGAAGAAGACGAAGUGAUUGAAGAUGACGAUGAGGAGGAUAAUUACGAUGAUGAUGAUGAUGAUGAUGAUGAAUAUUAUCCAGUUUUCUCUAGAAAACGAGAACUUCAUUUAAAAUCAAAACAUUCAGAUGAAUCAACUAAAUUGUCAGUGAUCAAAUUACCUUGUUCAACAAAUUCAAUUAAAUCUGAUAGUGUUCCCGUUGCACCGAAAGUGGUGAUUUUGAAAAAUAAUACUUUACAGUAUAUUCAAGGAAAUACUACUACUACUACUACUGGCAAUACUACUGUGAAAAAUAAAGACAAUAGUAAUAAUAAUAGUAAUAAUAAUACUACUCCACGAAUACUUUCAAUUCCUGCCAGUGCAGCAACAUCUGGUCAACAACGUAUUAUUUUACCGGCUAAACUUAAUAAAACAUCAACUAUUACAAGUGAAACAUCAACAAUGUUGAGCAAGACAAUAACAUUAGGCAACGUGAAGGAAGCUGUUGGUCAAGCUCUUAAUCUGCCUCUUCCUACUACUACUACUAGUCAACCAUCAGUCAAUAUGCCUCAAGGUCUACGUCUAGUAAGAAUUGUACGUAAUCCUGAUGGUGGAACUAAUAUCAUUCCAGUAUGUGCUACAGAUACUAUUCUACCGUCAACACAAGAGCUGUCAAAUGUCAAUCAAACUGUAGACAAUUCAAUAAUAAUUAGUCAAUCAGGUGUUAAUAACGCAACUAGUCAAAGUGAUCCUGUAUCCUCAUUACCAACUACAACCAAAUCGAAUAAUCCACUCGAUAAUGGUGACAGUCAAUUAGUAGUAUUAAGUACAUCAUCAAAUACCACUAGUCUUAUUAAUAAUGUUGUUAGCCUAUCAAAACCAUUGGCUGUCACAACAACAACAACAACAACAACAGGAGCAGCGGAGUCAAAUGAAUCAAAG